AUGACUCAAUCAUCGCCGGUCAUGUCGUCCUCGGAAACCGUAGAAGGCCCCAAGUUCACUCUCUUCAAAAUGCUCCCAGUAGAGCUCCGCCAAAUGAUCUAUGCGCAAAGUUUCCCUCGCAGGAUCCUGCGUCUCAAGGUAGUCCUGCGCGAUGGGCAUGAAGACGUCCUCAUCAACGCCUUCGGACCUCCCCCGAUUGCAACUGCAUCAAAAGAAGCCUGGCAUUACUGUAACCUUCACUAUCAGAAGAUUAUAUUUCCAUCGGUCAACCUCUCGACGGACCCUCAUUAUCCAAUUCGUCUCAAAAUGUCAAAUGGCAAAGGCACCUGGUUCUACCCUGAGGUCGAUGUAUUCUACCUCGACGUGGGCAAUUGCACCAAGACUCGAACGAGGUACACCAUUGAACUGGGUCCCAGAACUUAUAAUCAAGACCGUUCUAUAUCCGAUGACCGCGUCGCACCCAACUUCUCAGAUUUCAUGAGAGCACUCCAACCCUUUACUAAGAUAUGCCGAACAGUUGUGCUGAAUGAUUGGAACAAUCGCAACAUCCUCAGCCAUUUGUUUCUCGCAACAACCAGAAGACAUUUCCCAGUCUUGGAAACAAUUCAUCUUGUUACUUGCAAGUGUACGUACCUCUCAGAUAUGGUUCGACUAGCUGCACGGGGCACGCUGCAGGCGUUUGGGGGCGAAAUCGGCAUGGUUCCCCUUCUGCAGCCCCUCUGGGCCAGAAGUAUCAAGAACGCAUAUUGUGAACUACCAGACGGCCGCUGCUACCAGGGAAAUAUGGAAGACUGGAUAUCCGAACUGAAGGAACGCUGGUAUUCAGAUCCUGACGGGUCAAUAUCAACCGGCUGGGGUUUGAUGGUUGCUCUGACGCAAGGUGCGCAGGGUUCCGUUGGCACAAUGGUUUGGGGUAUGGCACAACAUUUCAUGGAGACACAAUUCUGCACUCUAGAAAAUGGCGACCGCCUGUAUAGGAAAUGGUUUGCUUACAUGAUAUCUACACCAAGUGAUAGCCCAGAGGUCCUUGGGUUCACAGCGGAGGCGCCAAAAAUCGACCCCGUUGCUCUCUUCCACGAUGUACUUUAG